UUCUCCGUUCGGCCUGAGCGUUCGAUCGUUCGUCGCUCUCCUCGCGUUUCCGUUCGUUUAUACACCUGCGCGUAUUCGUACGUUUUAUACCUGUGUUUGUACGUAUUCGAGGCACAACGAUCGCGUGCGUGUGUGUGUGUGUGUGUGUGACGUAAAAAUUAGCCUCAAGUCGCACGAAUAACCACGUAACAACAUCACCUUGGAUGAGAGGUCAGUUUGUUUUUUCGACGGAUACGCGAUGAUGAAAAUUUGACCUCAUAUUACAGUGUGCGAAUAUUUAAGUCUCGCUAAUUUAGUGGUGAUAAUCGAAUCAAAAGUGAUGCACGCUUGUACGGUUUUUUAAUUUUUUUCUUUUCAUUUUUGUGCGCUAACCGAGCUCAGGUGGGAGGAAAAUUGGAACAGGAAGUGAAUCGGAAGUGUAUAUGGUGCACCUCUAAACGCUGGUUGCACAAUUUAGCGGUAAAACUUUUGCCACGCAUCUGUGACCGGAUAUAUUCAGCACAGUUAUGUACUUCCAAGGAGAAAGGGGCUAUUUACUCUAGGCUAGGAUGUCACAUCACAGCGACGACAACAUGCUGAUAGCAACGUCGGACUCGUUUUGGGAACCGGGGAACUAUAAGCGUACGACAAAGCGUAUAGAAGAUGGUCAUAAGUUGUGCGACAGUUUGAUAGCUUUGGUACAAGAGCGGGCCGAGAUUGAGAAGAAUUACGCGAAGGCGCUCAAGAGCUGGUCAAAAAAUUGGAAUGACAAAAUUGAAAAGGGUCCCGAAUAUGGAACGACGGAAGCAGCGUGGAAAGGCGUUCUCGUCGAGUCGGACAGAUUGUGCGAUUUGCAUUUACGGGUCAAAGACAACUUGUGCAACGACAUUAUACAGCAGGUGAAAACGUGGCAGAAAGACACCUAUCACAAGUCAAUGAUUACGUUGAGGGAACGAAAAGAGAUGGAAGAUUCGUUUAAAAAGGCUCAAAAACCGUGGGCAAAGUUACUACAAAAAGUCGAAAAGGCCAAGGCCGAGUAUCACAACAGUUGUAAAACGGAAAGAACGGCGGCCAACAUGGAACGAAACGCUUCCGCAGACAGUUCGCUCUCACCUGAUCAGAUUGCCCGAGGCUCGGAAAACAGAGCUCUGUUGGUGAAAAAAAUGCAAGAUCGUGUACAAAAAACAAAGGAGGAGGUACAGAAAUCGAAAGAAAAAUACGAGGCGUCUCUUCUUGAAAUAAAUCAGUACAAUCCUAAAUACAUGGAAGACAUGACGCAAGUUUUUGAAAAGUGUCAAGAAAUGGAGGCCCAGCGACUGCAGUUCUUCAAGGAUGUUCUUUUUGGAAUACACAAAUGCCUUAACAUAUCACAGGAUCCGGUGCUCCCUCAAAUCUACGAAGAAUUCUAUCACACAAUCAACAAUGCUGCGCACGAAAAAGACUUGAAAUGGUGGUCGAAUAAUCACGGGGUCAACAUGGCUAUGAAUUGGCCACAAUUUGAGGAUUAUACGGAGGAGUUCCGUGACAUCACCAAAGGGUCUAAAUCGAAGGAGGCAUUACCUGCUGGAUCCAUCACUCUCAUCAAUCAGCGCCCUGUUGGUGAAGAUCUGCAUGAGUUCCCGCCUGUCAACCAUAAAGCCAGAGCCAAACCUGCUGGACGAGUAAUACCAACAGACGCACCGCUUCCAGAUACCAAAAUCGACACCAUAAACUCGUCGAGCAAACAAACCUCGGAAAAGAACAACCAUGAAACGAGCACAGUGAACAGGACUGCGACUAUCACAAAUGGAACCAGUGUAAAACAAGAAUCUAAUCCAUUCGAAGAGGAAGAAUGGGACGAAGAUGGUGGUGAGCCUCUAGUCGACAAUGGGGAACCUGGUGUCCCUGUCAGAGCGUUAUACGAUUACGAAGGUGCCGAAGCGGACGAAUUGAGCUUCAAACAAGGUGACGUUUUUGAGAAACUGGAAGACGAGGACGAGCAGGGUUGGUGCAAGGGGAGGAAGGACGGUAGGGUGGGACUGUAUCCUGCCAACUACGUAGACCUUGUAUCUCAGUAAUCUACGAGUUAAACACCAAAUCGAUUCGUUGAUAAAAUUUAAAGCCGUACCAACGGCCUAGAAUCGUUGCUGAUUGAUGCCGAAUUAAUUGGUAAUAAAUAUAGCAACCGAUGUUCAGGGGAGUACUGGCAUUUUUUUCAAUGCAUUUUCUGGUGUGAAGUUAGCGAGGAGCCGAGAGAAGGAGAACGUAUCAAGUACAUAAUGUUUUUAUUCACGAAAUUCGUGUCAAGUUGUCAAAUCGAUAUGUCUCUUAAGAUUCCUCGAUGCCGAAAGGUUGUUUAUAUUUUAUAUGAAAGGAAACAAUAUACUUUGUUGAUUUUACAAGUUCGUUUUUACUUUCUGAAUGCCGACGUGUGAGGGUUGGAUGUGCUGUAACUUGUAAAAUUGAUAAUUUUUGAGAAAUCAAAAAAUUUAUCUUGUUUCGUCUUGAUAGGUAUUUUACAUAUUUGCAGCUAGACUCUCGUCGAAGAAGGGAUCUACUUUCAAAUGAUAUUUUUUUGUGUUUUAUAUUUUGUUUUAAUUUUUUUUUUUUUUUGUUCCUGAACUAUUUCGAGGUAGCAGGGUAGUGAAAAAAGAAAAUCCACUACAAGAUGUGGAAAAAAUUUUGGGCAGUGAUGCGUAUAAUGCCAUUUCUAGGUUCUUGAAGAGAGUUUAAAAAAUAAUUAAAUAAUUGAAUGUAUGGUCAUAUCUUUCGUGACUUAUUAUUACCUAUUAUCAUUAUUAUUAUUAUUAUUGUUUUAUUAAUUAAGGACGUUUUGGCAGCAGUAAUGAGAAUUAUAUUUAAUUUAUUGUUAUAUUAAAAAUCUAACGUCUAUCUAAGUGGUGUCAUUGUACAUAUAAUACUUAAAAACAAAAAAAAAAAAGAAAAAAGAAAUGCACGGCAGUGCAUCAGUUAUAAUGAUUUAUAACUAUUAUGUAUAACAGGAA